AUGGAGGAAUGUUUAAAUUUAAAAAAAACUAUAUUAACAAAUUUAAAUCAAUCAUUCUUAACUACCAUUCAAGAUUGUGAAUCAUCAGCUAUUUAUCAAAAUGAAUACCUAGAUAAUAAUAAAUAUAUUAAUAAAGAAAAUGAUACAAAAAACUUUUGCGAAGAUGAAAAAAAAUAUAUACAUGAAUUUGAUAACAUAGAAAAGAAAGAAAAAAAAAAAAACGGUUUAAGUUUUGUUGCAACUAAUAAUGAAUAUAGAACAAUAAUUCACCCUUCUUAUAUAAGAGAACAUAAUUUUGAAAAUGAUAAAAAAUAUAUUGAUUUAAGCUUUGUUAAUGAUUUAAUAAAAAUACCUAAAGAUGAAAUACGUUUUAGAAACAAAAAUAGUUCUGAUAGAAAAUAUAAUUAUACUUAUAACGACAAAAAUAAUAAAAAAAAUUAUGAAUUUAUAAAUGCUACAAAUGAAUACUACAUAACAAAAAAUGUACAAGAAAAGAUGAGUAACACAGGAAUUACUACUGAACAUUUUUUUUGUGAUAAUGAUUUGUUGAUUUAUGAAGAUGAUAUGAAGGCAUGGAAUGAUAAAUCCAGAUAUCUAUAUUUCAUCGAUAAAGAAAAAGAAAAUAUAGGGAAUAAAAAAAAAACUAAAUUUAAAAAUGUUCAUUUUAAAGAUUCAGUUUUAGUAGACAAAUAUGAAAGAGCUGCUUAUAAAAAUGAUGUUUUUAGUGAUAAAAUUAAAAUAGAAAAUUUAAUAUUAGACAUCUUGAAUAACAAUUUUGAUGAUAUUGAAUCAGAUGAAGAUAAAAAGUCUCAAGCUUCAUUAAAAAUAGAUCAUUUAGAGGAAGAUAAAUUAGAAAUUAAAAAAAAAACAGAAGAAUUAAAUAUAAUAAAAAAAAAAAGAAUUAAAGAUAAUAAAACUAAUAUUUUAGAUUAUCUACAUUAUGACAAUUUUUUUUUUGAUGAAAAUGCUGACAGAAUUUCGGAAAGUUCAACGUCUGAUAAUUCAUAUCGUUUCCAAAAUCAAAAAAAUAUUUCCUUAAAGAAUUAUACAUUUGAAAAAACAGAAGAAGAAGAAAUAAAAAAUAAUGUUAAUAAUUUAUUAACUAAAGUUAAAAAUGAUUUAAAUAUAAAAAAUUUUACUAAUUUUAUACCUGAACAAUUUGACACAGAAAUAUUUUUAUCAGAUAGUGAAAAGUUUAAUAAAUAUGAAACCUCUUAUAGUCAAAAAUUUGAUCAGGUUUUAACACAAAAAAAAAUAGAAUUGAACAAAGAAAAAAUGAAACAAGAAUCAGAAUUACUACAAAAAUAUAAUUAUGUAGACAGUUUAUAUUCUCCUGGUUAUUACACUAGAAUUACACAAAAUUUAAAUAAAAAGCUAAAGGAAGAAAAAAUUAAUAUUUAUGAUCUCAAGAAGAAAAAAAUUUAUGAUAAAAUAAGAGAGGAUAUUAUGGAAGAUGAAAAAAUGAAUAAGGAAGAAGAGAAUUUAACAAAAUUAAGAUUAGAAAAUAUAAAUAUAUACGAAGAAGAUUUAAUUAUAGAAAAACCAGCAUCAUCAGAUAAUAAUGAGGAACAAUCAAUUAAACUAAGUAAGAAUGAAAGAGAAAAAGAUGAAAUACAUGAGGAAGAUGAUGAUAUUGAUGAAGAAGUUAGUGAAAUUGAAGAUUCAAUUAAAACUAAUAGUUCUUUAAAUUUUGAAUAUCUCGAUCACAGAAGUAUAGAUAAUUUAAAAAAAAAAUACAAAGUAAUGAAAAAAAGUGAUAGAGUUUAUGAAGAUGAUUUAAGGAGAUUAAAAUUUUAUAUAUGUAAUAGAUUAAAUAAAAAAAAGUAUAUUCAUAAAUCAAAACAGACAGAAAAAAUAAUAAAGAAAAAAAAAAAAAAUGUUAAAAAAGCUAUGAAAUUUUCGAAAGCAGGAUAUAAUUUACUAGCAAAAAUACAUAAAGAUAAUCAAAAUAAUGAGGAAGAAGAGGAAGAAGAAGAGGAAGAAGAAGAGGAAGAAGAAGAGGAAGAAGAAGAGGAAGAAGAAGGAAAAUCAGAAGAAAGUGAAUUAUUUGAAGAUGAAGACAAAAAUUCUUCUGAUUUAAAUAGUUCUGAAUAUACUUAUUCUUCAUUAACUAUAUCUUCUUAUGAAUAUUUUAACAUAAGAAAUGUAUAUUAUAAUGAUAAUGCAAUUGAAAAAGUAUUUUAUUAUAAAGAUCCUAAAAUAAAUAUUACUUACUUAUAUAGUUAUGUAGACUUUUUUCUUAUUAAUAAAGAUACGAGAAUCAGUAAAGGUAAUUUUUUUAUUGAAAUACUUAUAUAUCAUAUAAAGUUGUAUGAAAAUAGUACACAUAUAUCAGAAGAUAGUUUAUUAUAUUCGUUCAUUAUAAAUGAAAAUACUACUGCAAAAAUUGAAAAAAAAUACAAUAAUAUAAGUGAAAUACUUUUAAGAGUAGCUAAUGAAGGUAAUAUUAUAAUUAAUUGUUGCUUGUCAGGAAAUGCAGAUCAAAUAAAUUUAAUUUUUAAUAGCAUAAUGAAAAGAGUACUAUUAGUUAAAUAUAAUAUAUAUUUAAACUCCAUUUAUUCAUGCACAUAUGAGAAUGCUGUUCAUUAUUUUUUAUUAGAAGAGAAUUUAUUAAAUUUAAAAAAUAUUACGUAUGACAGUAAUGCUGACAAAAUUAUAUGUUCAUAUAAAAAAAAAAUGAAAAACAUAAAUGUUGUUAACUUUUCAAAUAGAAAUAUGAACAUCCUAAAUUUAUCUGAAUUUUUAUCAUUUUCUAAUAUUAAUCAAUGUAAUACUUUAAUUAUGACAAAAAAUCCUUUGUUUCUUGAUUUAUCAUUUGAAGUAAUUAAAAAGGAUAUAGAUGAUACUAUAAUAUUUUUAAAAAGUAUAAAUUUAACCGAACUUGUCCUAGAUUUUAUCGAUUUGUCAAAUUCAUCAGCCGAAUAUUUUAUUUCUAAUUUAAUUUUAAAUACAAAUAUUUCAUUUUUAAGUUUAAUGAAAUGUGAACUAAAUGAAGAUAACAUAACGAAUAUAAUUAAAAUUAUAAAGGAAAAAAAGGGAAACAUGUCAAGUACUAUAAAUUAUUUAAAUGUUGAAUUUAAUAAUUUAAAAUAUUUUGACAUUUUAUCCUUAAUAAAAAUCUUAUUUGAAUUAAACAAUGAUUUUAAAAAGUUAUAUAUUUAUGGAAAUUUUAUACAAAGAGAUAUUUUUGAUACAUCAUUUGAAUUUAAAAGAAAAAAAAAAGCAAUAGAAAUGGAUAAAUAUUUUAAACAAAUUCCUAAUAUUUUUAGUUUUAAUAAUAUUUACGAGAUUAAAAAUUAUUUUUAUUGUAAUUUAAGGGGGUUUGCUCAAUUAUAUGAAGGUGAUAAAAGUAUGCACAUUUUUUUUGAGUUAUAUAGUAUUUAUUUAUAUAUAUUAAGACCUGAAAUAAAACUAUACAUUAUCAAAAAUAUUUCAGUUAUGAAAAAAGACGAUUUAUCAUUUGUUUUAAUUGGUGCUUUAUUUAAUAACAAAGAAAUCAAAUUCAGCCUAAAAUUAUUUAAACACAAUAUAACAUCAUUAUUUUAUAACACAGUAAAUGAUAGUUUACUUGGAAAAUUAUACUAUUAUGAGCAAAUAAAUAGUAAUAGAGAAGUGAAUGAAAAUAUUUUAAAUUAUUUUAUUAUGAGAAGUGAAAAUGAAAUAAAUUUUUAUCAUUAUAAGAUUAACAAGGAAGAGAUUGAUUUCAUCUUAAAACUGUGCAAAGAUGGUGUUGUAAAAAAUAUAAAUCUUAGUUAUUGUUAUUUAACUAAUGAAGAUAUAUUAUAUUUUAAUUCAAUAAAAGGUUCUAAAUACGGAAUAAAGACAUACAAAUUAUCUUUAAGUAACAAUUUUAUUAAUUCAAAUCUACCAAUGGAAGAGCUUAUUAAUUUCCUUUUAAAUUUUAGUGUUUACUUUAAAAUAAAUUUAAGUGAUCUGAAAAUAGGAAAAUCUCCAAAUAUUCAUGAACUAUUUUUUUAUUUAUUAAAUAACACUAAAUGCAAAAUUAUUAGCUUAGACAAUUGUAAUUUAGGAAACAAUUUUUUAAUUAAUGUAAAUAAAAAUAUUAAGAAAUUAAAUGAAAAUCGUUAUAUAAAUCUUUUAUCAUUACAAUGUAAUUCAUUUAAUAAUAAAAGAGAAUUAAUUAAUUUUUUAAAUAAUUUGAUUUCAAAAUGUAAAUCAUUAGACAAGAUUAAAAUUUAUUCAAACUCAUUACAUAAAGAAAAUUGUGAAAAUAUAAUAAAUUAUGUAUCAAAAAAACAAAAAGUUUCAUUUCAAAAUACUUAUGAUACACCAAUGUAUAAAAGAAACCUAAAAAAGAAGGUUUCUAAAUUGAAAAAAAAUAAAAUUAAUAAUGACAUUGAAUAUAAUACUGAAUUAACUGAAAAUGAAAUGAAUAUAAUUAAACAAUUUUUUGAAAAAAAACAGAACAAAGAAGGAAUAAUAGGAAAAAAAGACUUCAAAAUAAAAAGUCGUUAUAAUUUAAUGGAUUUGAAAAAUAGAAAGAUUAAAUAUAAUUUUAAAAAGUAA